UCAUGAUGAUGCAAGGUACGUUGGCCUUGGCAACAGCGGUUGCUAGGCAACGUGUUUGUUUGGAACGACGCAUUCGUUGGCAUGCGUACAAAGCACUGUACAAGAGGAUGAUAUAAAAAUACGACUGACACUUAAAGUAUUGUCAUUAUUAGAACACGAUAAUCUGUAAAAUAUGUCGUACAGAGACGUGAGGAAUUUUACAGAAAUGAUGAGAGCAUUGGGUUACACUCGACUAAUAUCAAUGGAAAAUUUUAGAAAUCCCAACUUUCCAUUGGUAGCAGAAAUUCUUAUCUGGCUGGUGAAGCGCUUUGAUCCAGAUGCAGACAUUCCUUCUGACUAUGACACUGAAAUGGACAGAGUGAUGCUUAUUCGAUCAGCAGCACAAUUUAUGGCGACAAAGUCCCAUAUUAAAUUAAACACUAAGAAACUCUAUCAGGCUGAUGGCUAUGCUGUUCGAGAAUUAUUAAAAGCAACUACUGUUUUAUAUAAUGCAUUGAAAAUAAAUUCUGCUGGCUUAACUGAGGAGAAUUCAGAAAUGGUAUCACCCAUUGACAUAUCAUCGAAGGUCCACGAGUUAAAAAAAGCAAGACAAUUAGCAUCUCAGAUCACUAUAAAAGGUGCUGGUCUUUACGAUUUACUAGGAAGAGAAGUGGAAAUGAGGAUAUCUGUAAAAAGCUUCUUGGAAAUUCGAAUGGCUAGAGUAAAUCGACAAUUAGAAAUUACUGAAGUAGAAUCUGCAUUACAUCAGAGUAUGGAUAUUAUUCGUUCUGAAAUUCGAAGACUUCAAGAAAUGACUCAAAAUGUGGCUGCAACUGAAGCUAGUCUUGACAAUAAAAUAGAAAAGAAGAAAUUAGAACUUGAUCGUAAUCAAAAGAGAUUACAAACUUUGAAGAAAGUGAGACAGUGA